AUGUCCAAGUUCCUCCCCCAUACCAUUGGCCUCGGGGCGUUUGGCAUGGCCUCAUUUUUCUGGGGCCGUUCAAGCCAGCCCGCUCCAACCCAGUCAGACAAAGAUGUGCCCUCGAAAACCAGCCCCAACUUGCCUGUUCCCGUGGGAUCUCCUGGCCAAAUCGCCCUGGCAGUGGUAUCGCCAGAGGGCUUCUACAAGUACGGGUUUCCUGGGCCCGUGCACGAUUUGGCCAAACACGACGAAUUCAUCUCGUGCUACGAUAGACAAACAAGAAACCCCUACUGGAUCUUGGAGCAUCUCACCAAGGAGUCCAUCUCCAGAGCAGACGGUGUAGACCGGAAGAAGUCAGUUUUCAAAGAAGACGAGAGCAUUCCGCUCAAGUUCCGUGCUAGGCUCCGAGACUACUUCCGCUCAGGGUACGACCGAGGCCACCAGGCGCCCGCUGCCGAUGCCAAGUUCCUGCAACAAGCCAUGGACGAUACGUUUUUGCUCACCAACAUUAGCCCUCAGGUUGGCGACGGCUUUAACCGUGACUACUGGGCGCACGUGGAAGACUUUGUACGUAGACUAACUGCUCGGUACGAUAGCGUUCGGGUAAUGACGGGCCCAUUGUACUUGCCCAAGAAGUGCAGCGAUGAUAAGUACCGAGUCACGUACGAGGUGAUUGGGUCGCCUCCAAACAUCGCUGUGCCCACGCAUUUCUUCAAGCUUGUGGUUGGAGAAAACAACGGCAGCGACAAAGUGUCUGUAGGGGCGUUUGUGUUGCCCAACGAGCCUAUAGCCAACGAGCAGCCGUUGACGGCGUUCCAGGUGCCCGUGGAGGCGCUUGAGCGAAGCACGGGGCUCGAGUUGUUGCACCGGGUGCCAUACUACAACAAGAAGGACUUGUGCAAGGAAGUCAAGUGUGAGAUUGUCGUGAGGGAGUUUCCCAAGCAGGUGUCCAAUGUGAUGGCGCUUCCAGCUCCAGGUAAGUAA